CCCCGCCCGCGGGCCGCACUUCCGGGAGGCGUGUUCCGGCGGGCGGACCCAGCGCCGGCGCCGGUUGAGACACCCUCCGCAUCCAUGGAGGCGCCGGGGCAGGCGGAGGUCGAGCAUGAGGACGGCGACAGCAGCUGUGGGGACCUGUGCUGCAUGGACCAAGGCCUGCGGAGCAUAUCAGAGUUAUCCUUAGAUUCAACCCUCCAUGCCAUCAAUCUGCAUUGUAACAACAUCUCGAAGAUCGAAGCCAUUGACCAUGUCUGGAAUUUACAACAUUUAGAUUUGUCAUCUAAUCAAAUCAGUCAAAUCGAAGGGCUAAGCGCACUGACAAAACUACGCACUUUAAAUUUGUCCAGCAAUUUGAUCACAAAAAUAGAAGGACUUGAAGCACUAAUUAAUCUGACUAGACUGAAUUUAUCCUAUAACCACAUAAAUGAUUUAAGUGGUUUGAUGCCCCUUCAUGGAAUCAAACAUAAGCUUAGAUACAUCGACCUGCACAGCAACUGCAUAGACAGCAUCCACCACCUGCUCCAGUGCGUGGUGGGCUUGCACUUCCUGACGAACCUGGUUUUGGAGAAGAAUGGCGAGGAUAACCCUGUCUGUCGGGUGCCGGGGUACCAAGCAAUUAUGCUGCAGACCCUGCCACAGCUUCGAAUCCUGGACUGCAAGAACAUAUUUGGUGAGCCGGUAGACCUAUCACAGAUAAACUCCUCAAGUCUGCAGUGCUUCGAAGGUCUUUUGGAUAAUUUGGUUUCAUCUGAUUCUCCCCUAAAUAUCAGUGAAGAUGAGAUCGCUGACGGCCUGCCGGUGGUGACGGCCCCCACGGGUGAUGACAUGGCCCCCCUGGACCCGUUUGCAAGUCCUCCGACUGACACGGGGCUGCCGUCUUUCAUGUCCGUGUGCCCGCCUUCUGAGCCAGAGAAGGAUCAUCAUGAUAGCGAUUUUCAGAAUGAGAUGAAACUUCAGAAAUUAGAUGAUCAAUUUUUACAGCUUCUCAAUGAAACUUCUAGCUCUUUAAUAGAUAAUGUUCCCGAGAAAGACCUGAUACUGAAAAGAGACAUGGAUAUAACUUCUGAAAGUGACUAUGGCAACAGAAAAGAAUGCAAUAGAAAAGUUCCUCGAAGAUCAAAAAUCCCAUAUUAUUCCAAAACAAUUCAGACUAUUAAGCACUACAACAAGAACAGCAACACUUCCAUAAGUUACAGUCGUAAAAUGAAGCAGCCUUUCUUUAAAGACUUAUACGUAUGUUCCUCUCUGGCGAACUGUAGCCAACUGGAGGAGGUUGAGGAGCCGAGGACUGAGCUGAUGCAAGUGAACAUCAGUUGCCCAGAGGACACCUACCGGAUACUUGUUGAGCAGCUAGACCAGGAGAGAGAGAAGAGGUGGAAAGCUGAACAAGCUGAAAAGAAGCUCAUGGAUUAUAUUGAUGAGCUGCAUAAGCAUGCAAACGAAAAGAAGGACAACAACAGCCUGGCUCUGCUCACCACAGAUAGGUUAAAGGAGAUUAUUUUUAAAGAGAGAAAUUCCAAAGUGCAACUCGAAGUUAUGGUUCACAAACUUCAAAAUGAAAUUAAAAAACUGACCAUUGAAUUAAUUAAAGCGAGAGACCAGCAAGAGGAUCACAUCCGACACCUGAGAGCCCUGGAGAGAGCGUUAGAGAAGAUGGAGCGGCAGAAAGGGCAGCAGCAGACGGCACAGAUGCGGCUUAUCGAAGAGGUAGAGCUCAAGGCGGCGGCUGCCGACCGAGAAAUUAACUUACUUCGAACUUCCCUUCAGCAAGAAAAGGAGCAGGUGCAGCAGCUUCACGAGCUUCUUGCACUGAAGGAGCAAGAGCACAGGAAAGAACUUGAAACAAGGGCGUUUUUCAGUGAUGCUGAGUUCCAGGAAGCCAUAGCCAAGGAAGUGGCAAAAGAAGAGGCAAAGCAUGAGCAAGAGAUCAAAGGAUACCAAGAAAAAAUCGACACAUUAAAUCAUCAGUACCUGGAUUUGGAGAAUGAAUUUCGUAUUGCUUUAACUCUCGAAGCCAGAAGAUUUAAAGAUGUUAAAGAUGGUUUUGAAAGUGUUGCAACUGAGUUAGCAAAGAGCAAGAAUGCUCUUGUCUGGGCUCAACGGAAAGAAAACGAGUCUUCCUCUUUAAUUAAAGAUCUGGCCUGCAUGGUGAAGGAGCAAAAGACAAAGCUUGCGGAAGUCUCCAAACUGAAACACGAAACAGCAACAAACUUGCAGCUGCUUUGCGUUUUCCCAUGUCUGGGGAGUAUACAGAAUCAGAUCAGCACCCUUGAGCUCCUGAUCGAAGACGACAAGCAGAAGAGCAUCCAGAUCGAGCUGCUCAAGCACGAGAAAGUCCAGCUGAUUGCCGAGCUCGCAGCCAAGGAGUCACUCAUUUACGGUCUCAGGACGGAGAGAAAAGUGUGGGGACAGGAGCUGGCACAACAGGGAUCCUGUCUGGCCCAGGACCGCGGGAAACUGGAGGCGCAGAUAGAAAGUUUAUGCAAAGAGAACGAGUCUCUGCGGAAGACGAAUGAGCAAGACAGCGACACGCUGCGGAUUAAGUGCAAAAUCAUAGAGGACCAAACCGAGACCAUCGGGAAAUUAAAAGCUUGUUUACAGGAAAGAGAGGAACAAAUAAAAAUAUUACAAGAAAACAUCUGUGAAAUACAGAAAUGUACUCAAGAACAACUUGACGAAAAAUCUUCGCAACUGGAUGACAUAAUUGAGAAACUAGAAAGACACAAUGAAAGAAAAGCAAAACUAAAACAGCAGUUGCAAGUAAAGGAAUUAGAACUUGAAGAAAUUAGAAAGGCUUACAGUAUCCUUAAUCAGAAGUGGCAUGAUAAAGGGGAGCUCCUCAGUAAUCUGGAAAUGCAAGUAAAGGAAGUGAAGGAGAAAUUUGAGAACAAGGAAAGGAAGCUGAAAGCGGAAAGAGACAAAAGUGUUGAACUACGAAAGGAUGCUGUGGAAAAGCUUUAUUGUAUGGAUGAUGCCUUUAAAAAACAAGUGGAGGCAAUUGUUGAAGCUCAUCAUGCUGAAAUAAUACAUCUGGAAAAUGAAAAGCAAAAAUAUAUUGAUUCUGCAAAUUUAAAGGAAGAAGGAAAAAGAAAUUCCUGCUAGUUUUGCUGUUGUACCUCAAACUGCAAAAGUUACAGCCUCAGAGUGUGGUAAGUGCUUAGAUAAGAUGGAAAAGGCUUUAAAUUUGUGGGUGGAAGACACGGACAGAAAACGUGUUCCAAUUGAUGGCAGCAUGCUGCUCAAAAAGCACUGAGCCUGUGAGGACUUCAGCAGGGACCCCUGAAACCAGGCCAUUCACAGCAAGUGCAGGGUGCUCACAGAUCCAGGGACAGGAGUGGCAUUUUAUCAGCUCACAUCUCAGGAAUAGAAGGGGCAGUACAGUGCAAUAAGAUGUUCUGAGAGAGAUCACAUCACGUGACUUUUAUUAUAGUCCAUUCUAGAUUCUAGAUACUCUAUUUUGUUAAUCUCUUGCUGUGCCUGUUUUAUAAAUUAAGCUUUAUCAUAGGUAUGUGUGUGCAGGAAAACCGUAACAUAUAGGAGGUUUGGUUUUAUCUGUGGUUUCAGGGUCUUGGAACAUAUCCCCGCAGAUAAGGGGGAGACUAUCUUCUGUACGAUUGGAGACUCAGAAAUCAGCAGCUAGAAAAGAGCCCAACAAGAGAAAGUGACAGGAAUACUCUGUAUCGUUAUAGUCAAGGUUGUCUGAUUAGUGGACAUCACUCUCAGGAGCCUGUGAAGAGAGAUGGCUGAGGGCUUUGGAAAUCAUCACAAUGAAUAAGGAAGUACAACUUGUUCAGAUCUUAGUUCUGUAUUUCAUGUCAGAUCAACAGAUGUUUCAGAUGUUUUAUUUAAGAUCCGCUGAGUGUUUGGCAAAGGUACAUCAGGUACCAAGUCAAGUAUCAGGAUAGGCCAGCACUGGGCUGAAAGGAAAGUGCCGAGUUCUGUUUUAGCUCUCCUGCCGAUCCAGCAUAAAAGUAAGGAGAGAGAUCUGUUGGGGAGUUACAGAAAUGGUACCAGAACUUACAUGUGACAGUAAAAAAAAUGUGAGGCAUCACGGAGAAAUGAUCAUUUAAAUUAGGAGAAAUAUUAACUUUCUGGGGGAGAAAGAGUAGGAAAUCUAUAUUAGAGAUUAGGAAGAGGGCUGGGCAUAGUGAUAGUCCUUUUGGGAGAGCUGUAUCAUAGAAAAGAGAGUUUCAAGCAGAAAUUAAUAGUAUCAAUUACAGAGAACUCUACUGAUUAAAUGCCCUCUCAAAAAGAUGGCAAUUUUUUUCAAACACUUUUUUUAAAAUAUGUUUUUACUGAUUUUUAGAGAGGGGAUGCAGCAUCAUCAAUCGCUGCCUCCUGCACGGCUCCUACUGGGGAUCGUAACCCCAGGCAUGUGCUCUAACUGGGAAUCAAACCGGUGACCUCUUGGUUCCUGGGUCGAUGCUCAACCUCUAAGCCACACUAGCUGGUCAGAGGUGGCAAUUUAUAACCACCAGCAGCAGCUGUAGAAAUGCUGUUGGAACUAUAGUAGAUUAUCAUUGGGAAUGGAGGUUAUGUCAAGUUAGAAGGUCUGUAAGGGUCUAGUGUUUAAGGUGAAUCCAUGACUCAGCACUCAUGGCAGUACAGGACAGUGCAGACAUGAAGCCAGAAGAAUGCAUGACUCAGCACUCAUGGCAGUACAGGACAGUGCAAGAUGAAGCCAGAGGGAUUCAUGACUCAGCACUCAUGGCAGCACAGGACAGUCCAGAGAUGAAGCCAGAAGACUUUCUGUCCAGAUGGGCUACUGAGAAGCUGCAUGGCCUUCAACAAAUUGUCUAAGCUCUAAAAUAGAGUCUAAAUAAAUCACCAUGUGUCCAUCACCAGAACCUGUGAGAAAUAGAUACUAUACAUGUUCAUCAAGUUGAAGAGAAAUGCGUGGACU